AUGCGCGCUGUCCGCGGUUUGGCUCUGCUGUGGUUGAUCAUCGGCGUCGUCGUGCCCGAAAACGUGGUCAUCACCCGCCACAACGUCGACCAGGUCCUCAAUUCGGCUACGGUCGUUUUCGUGGCAUUUGGGGCUGACUGGUGCCCAUUUUCGCGUCGUCUGAAGCCCGUCUGGGACGAGGCGGCCCGGGAAUUCAAGCACAAACACCCCGAGUUGAGCGCCGUCUUCGCGACGGUCGACGGGAUGAAGGAGCCGGAAAUUAUCAACAAAUACCUGGUGCACAAGUACCCGACGAUGCGCUACUUUAUCGCCGGCGCCAUGCACAGGGAGUACAGGCGGGGAGGCGCUCGCACGAGCCAAGCCCUCGUCGAGCACGUGCUCGCCAAGUUCGACCCGCCGAUGGAGACAUUUGACAGCCAGGAAACCCUGGACGUCGGCCUCGCCCAAAACAAGCGCAAUGUGAUCGUCUACUCGCACGACCGCGAUUCGUACAGCUUUGGGAAUGCAGUGAAACUGGCGAUGACGCUCGGAGGCUAUGAUUGCCGCUUUUGGGCGUCGGCCCCCGAUUUGCCGUAUCUGACCAAGCCCGGCCGAGAGGGCAGCCUCGUCUACUUCCAGGGCGCGAACCAGGAGCGCGAGGAGUAUCCCGGCACCUUGGACAAUUUUGGCCAUGCGAAGCAAUGGUUGAAAGAACGCUGCAUCCCGGCCGUUCGAGAGCUGACCUUCGAAAACGUGGAGGAGGUGACGGAGGAGAGGCUGCCUUUGAUCGUCCUUUUCCGCAAUCGGGCUGACACGAAAAAUACGGAACUGUUUAUUUCAGUGGUAGCCCGCGAGCUCGGUGAGGACCGGACGAUAAACCCGCUGCUGGCCGACGCCAAGGUUUUCUCGCAUCCGCUCCACAUGCUUCGGAAAAAUGAAAAGGAUCUCCCGGUGUUGGUGAUCGACUCGAUGGAGCACGUGUUCCUCUUCGACGACCCGAACACCAGCUGGGAUACGCCGGGCAGGCUCAAGCAGUUUGUGGACGACCUGAAAUCCGGAAAGCUGCACCGCGACUUUCACCAUCGUCACAAUUUCCCACCGAUCGGAGCACGAAAAAUCGAGGAGCAGCAGCAGCAGCAGCCCGAGAAGCCACCGGGGCCUGCGGCUGCACUUAAGCUGCCCGAUUCGGUGUUCAAGCCACUGAAGCCCAGUGAGAUGAGAUACACCCUGCUGAAGACGGAGCUC